AUGGCCGCACCCUCUGCAGCAAACGACACUUUCUUCUCGCAGCCCGGGGUAGCCCUGAACGGCUUCCGGUCUUUUGCAGAAAAGCCUCGCGCCUUCCCUUCGCACACUUCACGAGACAGGCCUCCGCUCGCCCAGCUCCCGACCUACAUCCUAUACGAACAUGUGCGGGCCGAGGGCGCCAAGGGCAACUACGACGAAGUCAUGAACAUCUGCAGGGUGUUGAUCAAAGACAGAGGGGAGGUGCCGAACCGGGAGAUGUACACGGCCGUACUACACAGCUUCGUCGACUCGGUCAAUGGCACGGCGGGGAAGGUCCGCAAAGUGCUGGAGGAGAUGGGCUUCUGGGACAAGACCGAUGGAUCUCUGACCGGAAAGCCAAGGAUCUUGCUGGAUGCGCGGGGCUGUGAAUGCGUGCUUGAGGUGCUUGCAGUGCACCCGGAUUACCUCCUCCGCACGGACAUCCUCGAAUACAUGAAGUCGCGAUGGUUUAUGCCAUCCGACCGUGCGCGCAACUUCAUCAUAGCCGGAAUGCUGCGCGAGCGACAUUUCGAACACGCACUCGAGUUGCUGGAGGAGAUGGUCAGGAACAAAGCACGCGUGGAGAGCUGGCUGUUUGACAAGGCUAUAUGGAUGCUGCUCGAGUUUGGGGAAGUCGAGGAAGCAUUCUACGUGCUGAGUCUCAAAGAAGGUGUGCACAGCAAGAGUAGCGGAACAGGUAACGUCCAGCUCAGUAUCGCUCUCUGGGGAGCGUUGCUAGAUGCUGCGGCGCACAAGCAGCUUUUCGCAGAGACGAGCCUCGUAUGGAUUGCGCAAGUUCAGCCGGGCUACCUGAAGCCUGGCACCGGCGCCUGCCUGCACGUACUCACUCUCGCCUCACGACACGGAGACAUCCAGCUCGCUACCGAUGUCUUUCGCGUCCUGACCGAACGAGGUACAACGUUCACUUCGCAACACUAUGAACUGCUCAUAUCCACAUACCUCAACGCCAACGACCUCCACGCAGCUUUGUCUGUCAUCCUCAUCAUGGUCGAUUCGAACUUGAAGGUCAAUUCUGGGAGCUGUGAUCCUCUCUACUGGUAUCUGUCCGCCAAAAACCACAACGAUGACAGCAGACCCAUGCGAGCCUUCAGAUAUCUGCAAGACUUUGAGACUUCUGGCCGCAAAGUUCCCACCGCUGCUGUCAACGCAUGCAUCAAAGCCAGCAUCGCAAACAAGCGCCUGGAAGAGGGCAUCGAGAUUUAUAAAGCCCUACACACGGUAUCUCAUGCUGGCCCAAACACAGAGACGUUCAACAUCCUGUUUCAAGGCUGCCAUAGGUCCGCCCGCAAGGAGCUUGCCAUGUUCUUUGCGAACGAGAUGGUCAAGCUGGGUCUCAAACCUGACCGCAUUACGUAUGAUCGUCUGAUCCUGGUGUGCCUAGAAUCGGGUGACCUGGAAGAUGCUCUGCUUUACUAUGAGGAGAUGCGGUCAACGGGCGCGACAGCUGGCAAAAAGGGCCCCUUGAAGCCUAGAAGGAAGACGUGGGAGACGUUGAUCCACAGGUGUGUCCUGAAGGGCGACGAGAGGGCCGUCGCGCUGUUGAAGGAUUACAAAGCUAGUGUGGAGGAACCGCGAAUCGCAGUGGAGCGAGCUGUCAUCGAUCGCUUCGAGUAUGGCAUCAUACCGACCAAUCUGGCGGAGAUCGGACGAGCGACACCCGAACAGACAGCCGACGCUGUCAAAGACCGACAUGGCAGGCCGGAGGCUGGUCAAACCCCAGACGCUGACUCGGAACUGUCGGAGGGACGAAGUGGGGCGGAGUCUGAAGGAACGAGCUCGAGUGCGAACACCGAGACGGGGACACAGAGAGCCGAAUCCGUUGACGGGCUUUCACAGCUUAUGAGAGUUAGCAAGAGCACCAAGCAGUACUAG